AUGGUUGUUACAUGCACAUUCUCCCCGCGUUACUGUGGGAGCUCGCCACCGUUAAAAUGUUUCAAUCUUGGCUUCUUCAACUACUGUACCUAUUCCCACACGGCCACACACGGCUACAUCCAACGCACGACAACGCACCGACUGCCACAGGAGACAACAAGGAGACUCUAUGCUGGCACUCGCAGUGAUCGCGAUCAUCAGGCGACACCAUGUAUGCUGUGCCCAUUGCGGUCACCUUCCUCUCCUUGGCGUGCUUGGUGGUCGCGCUGCGUCUGUACACGCGAUUGCAUAUGGUUCGAACGCCUGGCCUGGAUGACCUGCUGAUCGUUCUUUCGCUGGCUCUGUACAUCACGAUUCCGCUCUACAACCUCAGUUUGACUCUGACCAAACUGUCGUUGAUAUUCCUCUACAAACGUCUCUUCCCCACGAAGUACUACCAGAUCAUUCUGGCCGUCACCUUAUUCUUUGUGAUUGCCACGGGGAUGUGGAUGGUGUUCAGUGCGAUUCUCUUCUGCAUCCCGGUCCGGUCCUUCUGGGACACGUCGCUGCCUCGGACCUGUCUCCCGGAGGACGUCGUAUGGUGCCUGAACGCCGGAUUCCAGAUCUCGACCGACUUGCUUCUGGUCAUCUUGCCGAUGCCCGUGCUGGCCAAGCUGCAGAUCGCCAAACGGCAGAAGAUCGCACUGAUCCUGAUCUUCGCCCUGGGAUUUUUGGCAACGGCCUCGCCGCCACAUGGUCCUUCAUCGAAUGCAACGUCGCCAUCAUCUGCGCCUGCCUGCCGCCGCUGCGCCCCUUCAUCAUCCGCUUCUUCCCGCGCCUGA